CAUAUGACUGGGGAAAAAAAACAGGUGCCUUCGACGCCCUUUCCCGCUCCCUCCCGAGGCGUCGUAGCCAAUGCCUAGCGCGGCGAAAGAAAGGGGAAGAAUUAGACAUGACUAAAGAGCCCCUUGUAACUUCUGCCGGCCUCAGGAAAGCCCCUCAGCCGCGGAAUCCGGCUCAGGUGACCAGUUAAGAUGGAUUUCUCACAGCUCCCUAAAAUCCGUGAUGAAGACAGAGAGAAUGUUUUUGGCUAUGUCUAUGGAGUUUCAGGACCUGUUGUUACUGCCUGCAACAUGGCAGGUGCAGCUAUGUACGAGCUAGUACGAGUUGGCCACUGUGAACUUGUAGGGGAGAUUAUCCGACUGGAGGGUGACAUGGCAACUAUCCAGGUGUAUGAAGAAACCUCUGGUGUUUCUGUAGGAGACCCUGUACUUCGUACAGGCAAGCCACUCUCAGUGGAGCUGGGACCUGGCAUCAUGGGAGCCAUUUUUGAUGGCAUCCAAAGGCCUCUCUCGGAUAUCAGCACGCAGACGAACAGCAUCUACAUCCCAAGAGGAGUAAAUGUGACAGCUCUGAGCAGAGAUCUCAAAUGGGACUUUACACCAGUUAAAAAUUUGCGGGUUGGCAGUCACAUCACAGGCGGAGAUAUUUAUGCCAUAGUGAAUGAGAACUCCCUCAUCAAACACAAGAUCAUGUUGCCCCCACGAAACAGGGGUACAGUCACAUACCUUGCUCCACCUGGGAAUUAUGAUGCAUCAGAUGUUGUCUUGGAACUAGAGUUCGAAGGAGUCAAGGAGAAAUUCACUAUGGUCCAGGUCUGGCCUGUACGACAAGUGCGCCCUGUUACAGAAAAGCUGCCUGCCAAUCAUCCUCUUCUAACUGGUCAAAGAGUCCUGGAUGCACUCUUUCCGUGUGUUCAAGGAGGUACAACGGCUAUCCCUGGAGCUUUUGGCUGUGGAAAGACUGUGAUUUCACAGUCUUUGUCAAAAUAUUCCAACAGUGAUGUUAUCAUCUACGUAGGCUGCGGAGAACGAGGAAAUGAAAUGUCUGAAGUGCUUAGAGACUUUCCAGAGCUCACCAUGGAAGUUGGUGGCAAGGUAGAAAGCAUUAUGAAGAGAACUGCUCUUGUAGCAAAUACCUCCAACAUGCCUGUCGCUGCCAGGGAAGCUUCUAUCUACACUGGGAUCACUCUGUCUGAAUAUUUCCGUGACAUGGGCUACCAUGUCAGCAUGAUGGCGGAUUCCACGUCCAGGUGGGCUGAAGCCCUUCGAGAAAUUUCAGGGCGCCUUGCUGAGAUGCCUGCGGACAGUGGUUAUCCUGCUUACCUUGGUGCCCGUCUGGCUUCUUUCUAUGAGCGAGCCGGCAGAGUGAAAUGUCUUGGGAACCCAGAGAGGGAAGGGAGUGUCAGCAUUGUUGGCGCUGUAUCUCCUCCUGGAGGUGACUUCUCUGACCCAGUGACUUCUGCUACUCUGGGUAUCGUUCAGGUGUUCUGGGGCUUGGAUAAGAAGCUUGCUCAACGUAAGCAUUUCCCAUCUGUGAAUUGGCUGAUCAGCUACAGCAAGUACACUCGUGCUCUGGAUGAAUACUAUGACAAGCACUUCACAGAGUUUGUCCCCUUGAGGACCAAAGCCAAGGAGAUCUUACAGGAGGAGGAGGAUCUUGCAGAGAUUGUACAGCUGGUGGGGAAGGCUUCCUUGGCAGAAACAGAUAAAAUAACAUUGGAAGUUGCCAAGCUCAUUAAGGAUGACUUCCUGCAGCAAAAUGGAUACACACCUUAUGACAGGUUCUGCCCAUUUUAUAAGACAGUGGGGAUGCUCUCCAACAUGAUUGCAUUUUAUGAUAUGGCACGUCGAGCAGUUGAAACUACAGCUCAAAGUGACAAUAAAAUUACUUGGUCCAUUAUCAGAGAGAACAUGAGUGAGAUCCUCUACCGGCUCACCUCUAUGAAAUUCAAGGACCCAGUGAAAGACGGAGAGGCAAAGAUCAAAGCAGACUAUGCCCAGCUUUUUGAAGACAUGCAGAAUGCAUUCCGCAGUUUGGAAGACUAGAGCAUGGCCUUCCUGGAGCCCCAACUUGAGUGCGUUCCUCAUCUCACCCUUCCUGUUUUACCAAUGAUAGAAGAUGUACACUUUGCUGAAAAAUUAUUGUAUCUUUAAAACAUUCCUGUUUGGUUUGAUAGCCCUCCUUGUGUAAGUGUGAAUCUGAGCUUAAUCGUCAAAAGCAGAUCCUUGUAAAGGUUCCUGUAGGGCUGGAAGUGUCCUCUGCCAGACUGACCUCUUAGCAGACAGAUUCUCUCUUUUUGGAAGAGAACCAAGAGAGGCAAGAGGAUAGAUUGCUUCGGGGAGGAGGAAAGAACAUGCAGGCUGUUGAAUUCUGAUGACACCAGAACAGUGGAAGCAGUAUUUCUGGUUUAGAACUAUGCAUUUGUGGUAGUUCUGAUGCUUCAGAGAUAGGAUUUAUUUAUUGUACUUCAGAGCUGCUCUUUGCCCCCAUGAAAAACACAGGCAUACAGCUGAGAAUACUUAGUUUCAGUAUGUCUUUGACACUUCCCUGUUUCAGCAGGUGUGCUAAAAAUCUUCAGGAUUGGAACUGCUGAAUGAAGAGAAGCAACUAUUCUUAUCCAAGGAUGUACAACUUUUCUUUAAAUAUAGAUUAUAUUUGUUACUCAAAGCCAUGGCUGCUUACAAUUCUUACAGGAAUACCUCUUGCCCCUCCUCUUAUGUGCUCCCCUGGCCCCCCCACCUGGAAACUCAGGCACAUCGAUGUGUGCAGCUUCUGUAUCCGAAUUUUCUUUUUCUCUAAUGCCAGGUGUGCGAUAAAUUGUGGACCACAAAUCCAGACUUUCCACCAUUUUCUGCGGUGUUUCUAGCAGAAUCUCUUAAGUUUAUUAGAGCAAAAUAAGAAACUCUAAAUGGUUUUCUUUGACUCAUAGGUAAAAAUAAGAAACUCAGUUCUGUAGAAGUCAAGACAGCAAGUUUUAGGGGAAUAUCAGUGCUGCAAACUUUGAAUUUACAGAACGGAAGGUUCCCAAAGAUCAGCCAUUCCUGUCCUGCCUCUGAUUUGCAAAACACACUAGUGACCCUGCUCAGAUAUUUCCAUACCUCAGAUCAGUUAACUGUGGUUCCUGAAGCUCAUCUAUAAUCCCACUUCCAGUUACAACAAAGAGAAUUCUAGUGUAUCUAAUCAGUGUAAAUGAAUGCCCAUUGCACCACUGUUGUGAAAUGGGAUUCUAGCAAAAAGCGAGACAGAGAGAGCGUGCUUUCUCUCUCUCUCCAGAACUCUUUUCUGGUGAGUCCCCCCCCCCUUUGGGCAGAAUUUUAACUAUCUUACUACUCUGCACAGCAGCAAACCUGGUAAUAGGAUUGAAAAACAGUUGAAUGUUGCACAUGGAACUUGUACAUUUGUACAGUCAAGUGUAAGGCAAAAUGCUCCAAAUCUCUCCCUCCACCAGUUGAAUGUGUUUGCAACAGGAUUGCAUUCACUUUGGGACUCUCCACGUCUGCAGCAAGGGGUAUUAAUUUUCAUUGUGCUAUGUUUACAAAGAGUGGUGUACGAAUGAUUAGUGUAAAGCUCUAUUUUGUUAAAAUCCUAAUUGACUGUAUUGCAUUGUAGCAUUUUGUGAUCCAGCGGCUUUUAAGAUGAGGCUGUGAGGUUUUACAAAAGAUGUUUAAUGCAGCUAUUUAUUGUCCUGUCCCUACCCAGAACUAGCAAUUCAGGUUCAAAUAUAUGUCUAUUUGUGUUGUACCUGUUUUCAGUGUUAAAAAAAGCCCCUAUGUUCACUGUAUUACUGCAAACUCUUUGAUUCAUCAACAAGUAAAAAGAAUUUGGGGGGGGGUCCUGUAUAGUACAUUGUAUCUGUUGCUAAAAGUUGUGUACAUUUGUUCAGAUCACUGAGAAUAAAAAGGGUAGUGAGAAUGUAA